CUUGAACUUUGCUCUUUUUCUCCCAAUUUCCGAGCAUAGGUCCCAUCAUCUGUCGACUUGCACGGGAACAAGGCUGCAUUCGCCAUUGAUCCCCCCACCCAGCUUCGGUUUUUGUAUAUGCUACUCUGCAGCCGUCGAUAAUUUUCGACCGCCACUGUAUUCUGAUGGUCUGCUGACGCGCUGGGUCAUCGGUUCGAGCGCGCGCUGUUGCACGCGAGGAGCACGUCGUGAUGGCUGGCGCAUCUGCGGUCGAAGCGGUGGCGGGAAGCGGAGGGUCGGGGCCAGAUGCAUCGGAAAAUGCAUCCUUGAUGGCGUCGCUCAGCCCCGAUGAGCUUCGUGAAAUACGGGAGUACGCAAAGCUGUUGCGAUUUCGCGACGAGGUCAUUGCCGGCUCGCAUCCUCGCAUCAAACCACCCCAUCUCUCGGGGAAAGCCGCCCAGGGCCAGAAACCGCCUUCCGCUCCCGCAGGGACGACUGCUUCGCAGCCAGCUGCUGCCAAAAGAGCCGUGGUCAGCGACCGUUCAGUGAUUGACAGUUCCCAGUCCCGGCAAACAAACAAGCAGCAAGCGCAGCUCGCCGUGGCGUCUGACGUCCCUGGUCUUGGGACGCUGUCGGGCACUUCCAGCAAUGCGCAGGCAGCUGCUUCGGGGAAGCCCGAGAUCAAUCCUGUGCUCUUGCAGAAGUCUGACGACUUGAUCAAGGCCGAGAUCCAGCUGCAGAGACAGCGGGUGGAACGCAGCCUCAAGGAAGAACUCGAGCAGCGCCGUGGAGCUAACAAGGCGUCUGAGCAGCUGGCUGAGCUUGACGUGGCUGACAUUCUGGCGAAGGCCAUGUCAAUGGCCCUCGCGAGUCCGCAUCCGCAGUCUACUGAUGAAACAGCUGCUAACGUAUCAGCGUCCAACGAUUCUGCUGAUGAUGACACUUUCUACUCUAGCCGGCAUGACACUCCGGAAUCCAAUAUGGUGUCGCGACUUCCCAACGAGUCCGAAGACGAAGAGAUGCGAGAGGGUUCGCCCUACGAGCCCGAACUCGAUUUCGAGCCCGUCGUUCCGCAAGCCCAGCCUGCUACGACGUCCGCACCGGUCGGUCCCAGUGCUGCUCCUUCCCAAGCCCAACAGCCAUCAAAGCCGCCCAUGCCCGUCCCAGCAGCUUCAACAGUUGGAGAAACGUUACCUGGUUUGUCGGUGGGCACCGGGACCUCUUCCACGAGGGUGUCCGCGCCACAGGCGCCGGAUGCUACCAAUGCGGGACAGGGCAACAACUCAGGAGGGCGCUUAGAAGAGUCGGGCAAGGCUGAAAGCUCGCAGUUGAGCCGUUCGUAUGACCUGUCUCGGGUGAACGAGCAAUCGCUCGGCCAAGCUGCGAUUCGUGAGCCACCCCUGGUUCGUGGCCAUGAUCUUUCCCCUCUCGCACCCCAGCCUACCCACGUUUUGCCGCCAGCAGUUGCCAGGGAGCCGCAACUGAGCGCCCCUGAGCCUAACCAUGGGCCUCAAGCUGCCCCUGCGCAGGUUGCUGCCUUGAGGAAACAGCCCUCCAACGGCUCGAGCCCAGAGAGCUCGCCGCAUAGUAGCAAAGCUGCCGAGAAGAAGAAGAACAAGAAGAAAAAGAGAAAGGCCGACAGGCUUGCUGCUGACACUGCGGCUGCCUCUCCGUACAUCAAGCCAGAGCCACGUUCUCCUUCUCCAUUAACGCCUCAGUUGUCUCGCCCAAGCAAGCGCCAGAGGUAUUCGCAGCAACAGCCGGUAGAGAUACGCGAUGAUGAGCCUAGGUAUGAACAACCGAUGCCAGUCGAGGAAGGCUACCAGGAGCGCUACCAGCCCAGGGUUGUCAGGCAGGAACGAGUCGUGGGUUACGAGAGAGCUGAUGGGUAUCGCGCUCUCCGCGACGAAGAGCCCAUUCUCGUUACCUCACCUAGGUACGAGAGGGUCUACUACGAUGAUUACAGAGCCCCGCCGCCGCCGCCCUCCCAUGGUUACCCGGCCGGCCCGGAGCCGGCUCAGUAUGUCUCUAGGGAAGUACGUACCGUACGGCCUCCCGCUCGCGUUGCCGAGGGCCCAUAUGAAGACGGGACGACUUACUACCGCGAUGUUCGUGCUGCGUCGAGGACGAGCGUUCGUGUCCCAGCAUACCCUGAGCGUUCACAGUCGCCCGCUGGCUAUGAGCGGCCUCCCGCAGCGAUGCCACCUCCCAGGCCGGCUCCGCGUCGCAUCUAUGUCGACGCGUUUGGUCGUGAGUACCUGGAGCCGGUCCGCUCAGCUACCGUCAUUCGAGAAGAGGUGGCAGAUUCCAGAGGUUCUUAUGAGCGACCACUGCCUCCCCGCGCCGUCUCCCGCCGGCCCGAACCGCUUGACGAUGAAGCCGUGUUCUACUACCCGACUUCACCGACGUAUGCAGUUCCCAGGCGUGUGAUUACGCAGCCAGAGUACUCCUACCGCGAGACCGCCGGCCCGAGCAACGCCGUGGCCCUACCGCCAGCAGAUUAUCCGCCGGCCCGUCAGGAGCCUCCAAGGGAGUACAUGGCCCGCUCUGCGAGCGUUCGGCCCCCUGUGGAUCCUGUGCGCUACGAUGCGCCCACCGCUUAUGAGCGGGUACCGCCUCCUGUCGAUCGCCAGGCUCCCGCGAGAGAGUUCUACCGUGCCGGUAGCGCUCGCCCAGCAGCAGGACCAUCAGCAGCGGAAGGUCAUCCAUACCCCCGCUACGAAGCAUCUUCGUCCUAUGAGGUGCCGCCGCCCGGGCGUGACUACCCACCUCCCCCCGUGCGCUCAGCUAGCGUGCGCCCUCCCCCUCCUGGUGAUCCGGCGGCUGGCCGAUACGAACCGCCAAUGGACUACACUGCGUCAUCGAGUGGGAGGAGGUUAGAGUAUGCUCACCCGGCGGGUUAUAGCCAGUACCAGCACGAUGGGAGGAGAGAAACAAUGCCGCCGCCGCCGCCAGCGAGGGCGUAUAGCGUUGCACCUGGGGAUGCUCCUGGGCAAGCGAUGAGAAGAGAGUAUCAUCCUGGGGCACAGCACCCUGUGGAGAGAUACUACGGGCCUCCGGGACGGGGAAGAGAGGAUGAGGAGGUGGUGUUUGUGGAGAGAGGCCCGCCGGUAGUAACGGAGGGUUACCGGUAGUCCCUGCAGAUGGGAGAAAGCAAGGGCGGGUGCGGAGGAAAAGUCAGGAUUGGUGAGUUUGAGGCGACAUGUCCUCGAUCUAUA